AGGGUCUGGACCAAUUCAUAUAGAACAUUAACUUCUUCCCAGAAUACUAUUACAAGGAGCUUGGACGCGAGCAAAGGUCUGGCAACAUCCUGCCCUCUAUACAGAAGUACAGUAAGCCAUGCCUAGGGAAAUUAUUAAUUUACAAGUAGGCCAAUGCGGAAAUCAAGUAGGAAGCGAGUUCUGGCGCAAGCUAUGUCAAGAGCAUGGCAUAGCCAAGGACGGUCGCUUGGAGGACUUUGCAACGCUGGGAGGCGACCGCAAGGAUGUGUUCUUCUACCAAGCCGACGACGAGCAGUACAUACCACGUGCUAUCCUUCUAGACCUAGAGCCCCGAGUGAUCAACGGCAUCCAAACCUCGGACCUGCGGAAUCUGUUCAACCCGGAGAACAUCUUCAUCUCAAAGGAGGGUGGUGGCGCUGGCAACAACUGGGCUAGCGGCUACACGCAGGGGGAGGCAGUGCAGGAGAUGCUUUUAGACAUGAUUGACCGAGAAGCGGAGUACUGCGACAGCCUGGAGGGUUUCAACAUGUGCCACUCCAUUGCGGGUGGUACGGGCUCGGGCAUGGGCUCGUACAUGCUCGAGCUGCUGAGCGACCGCUACAGCAAGAAGCUCAUACAGACGUACAGCGUUUUCCCCAACCAGUCCGAGUCAAGUGACGUGGUCGUGCAGCCGUACAACUCGCUGCUCACGCUCAAACGCCUCACGCUGCAUGCGGACGCGGUGGUGGUGCUGGACAACACGGCGCUGGACAAGAUUGCGGUGGAGCGGUUGCACCUGCUCAAGCCCGACGUGCAGCAGAUCAACAGCCUCAUCGCGACGGUCAUGGCGGCAUCCACCACGACGCUGCGCUACCCAGGCUACAUGAACAACGACCUGGUGGGCCUGGUGGCGUCGCUCAUCCCCACCCCGCGCUGCCACUUCCUCAUGACGGGCUACACGCCGCUCACGGCGGAGAACGCGGCGGGCCAGGUGACGUCCAACAUCCGCAAGACGACGGUUCUGGACGUCAUGCGGCGCCUGCUGCAGCCCAAGAACAUCAUGGUGUCCACGCACACCAAGUCUCGCGACAUCAGCUCCGCCAAGUACAUCUCCAUCCUCAACAUCAUCCAGGGCGAGGUGGACCCCAGCCAGGUGCACAAGAGCCUGCAGCGCAUCCGCGAACGCAGGCAGGCAAACUUCAUCGAGUGGGGCCCGGCGAGCAUCCAGGUGGCUCUGUCCAAGAAGAGCCCCUACGUGCAGACGGCGCACCGUGUGAGCGGGCUGAUGCUGGCCAACCACACGUCCAUCCGGCACCUCUUCAACAAAGUGCUGCGAGACUACGAGAAGCUGAUGGGACCCAAGCAGGAGCGCCAGGCGUUCAUGCAGGCGUACAAGGACGUCCCGCGCUUCAACGACGGCGGCACCGGCACGGCGCUGCUGGAGGAAUUCCACGACGCCAAGGAGGUGGUGACGGAGCUGGCCAACGAGUACGCGGCAUGCGAGUCGGCCGACUACAUCCAGCGCCAGAUGAUGGCGUAAGAGGCUGAAGCGUUCUAGUUCGGGAGGGCUUGUACAUACCGCGUGCGGCGAAGCGAUGGCGGACAAGGACGGCAAGGGACCGUCGACGAGGCUGCGUGGAGUGCUAACAUUACAAUGCCGGGCAAGGCCCCAAAACAGCCCGUGUAUCAUGUGCUACAGCUAUUGUGCUCGUAUGGUGUUAUCCUCGGAAUCAGUCACUGUAACAAUGCGUACACUCAUCUAUCCACAUUGUAGGAUAUGUCUGUCUCAAUAGGAGGGAAGAGAUAAAAGUGCAGAGGCGGGGUUGUCAAGGUGUAUGUUGUCCAACCA